AUGUAUUCUUCGAGUCAUAAUUUGAAUUAUCUGUCUCCUCUACCUGAUUUCUAUCAGCUUACAUUUGCUACUGAUGAUCUUGAAGUUGGUGCCCCAUCGCAUUCCAAAAGUAAAUCAGCGGACGAUAGUUACCCAUUAAAAGAAACAUUAUCUGAUAUCCACCAGCAAGUGAAUCAAUUGACAUCUGAAAAUUUGAGUCUGCAAGAUAAAAUCAAUCGGCAGUCCGAUGAACUGUCCGAAGCGAGGGCACAACUACGUGGAUGUGGCGGACUGGUCACUUUUUCACUUGAUAAUACCUCCGAUGCAGAUAUCAUUCGCUUGGAAGCGCUAAAGAAAGAUAAUUUUAAGCAUUCUUCACUUCUAGAAGUUUUCAAUAUACCAGAAUUUACAAGGAUACUUGUCUGUGAUCUGAAGCCACGACUUGCUCGCCUGUUAACGCCUUGCUUGCCAGCAUAUCUUUUACUUGCAGCCUUCCGAUACUAUGAUCAUAUCAAAGAUGAAGCAAGCCUCACCAGCCUAUUUUCGGCUGUUCAUGUGGUGUUGAAGGAUACACUAGCACACUCGAAUGAUAUGGAUGUGCUGUCGUUAUGGUUGGUUAAUUCGUGGCGUUUGUUGAAUCUUUUGCGGCAGUAUAGCGGUGAAGACAAUAAUGAAUGGUCUGUGACCAAUUCAGAAAAACAAAAUAGCCAGCGGAUGCAAAAUUUUGAUCUGUGUCCUUUGCGGAAUCAGCUUCGUGCUCGAGUUGAGGAAUCGUUCCAGAAUCUUUUGAAACGAGCCAUCGAACCAGUACUUUCGCCAAAAAUAGUUCCCGCUAUAUUGCAACAUGAAUCAAGUCAAAAGAUGAUGAACGGUAUCAGUGUAAAGAAUAAUGAACGGCGACAUUCUAUAAAGGAACAGAGUUCGCAGCGAGCUUUAGAUGAUUUAAUUGAAUUGCUGAAUUUCAUUCAUAACAAGCUUAGAGUGUAUGGUGCGGAUACGGUGCUACUGGGACAAGUAUUCGGACAAAUGACGUACUGGAUUUGUGCGCUAGCACUGAAUCACUUGAUGUUUAGGAAAGAAUUGUGCAAUUUCGAGAAAGCCAUACAAAUUAAACAUAACGUUACCGAAGUACAGUCAUGGCUUUCUAUCAAUGGAUUAUCUGUGCAUCGUGAAACAUUAGAACCAUUGGUACAAGCAUCUCAUUUGCUGCAGUCCAAAAAAGAUGAAUCGAAUUUAGACACUCUUUGUGGUGAAAUGACUUCAAAACUGAAGCCAAAACAGGUGAUGGCCAUAUUGCAACAUUAUGCCCCAACGGACAGCUUCGAAGAAAGACGACUGAGUCCCGAUUUUCUAAUCAAAGUUUCCGAAAGGUUGAAUGCUAGGACGAGGGCAAAUGGAGGAACUGAUGCUGAUAUUAAUACACUGAUCAUGAUGGGUACGUAUUUGACGCCUUUCGACUCCGAACCGUUUGUUUAUUCGGAUUUCAACCUGGAAACAUUAUCAUUACCCACUUGUCUGCAUUUGCAAGCAGUUUGUAAACUGUUAUAG